AUGAUUACAGAUCGAGUUUUGUUUUAUUUGUUUUUUCUUAUAUUUAUUCUUAUUUUACCAUCAUGGACUUAUAAAUUUGAAACAUGUUGUUCAAAUGACAAAACAACAAAUACAACAUCUACUACACGUCUUUUAUCAUGUCCUUUAAAUUUUGUUAUUAAAUUGCGUACAGUCAUUUUUUAUACGGGUAAUGGUUGUGCACCUAGUACAUGUCAACGACGUCUUAAUAAACAUUACCUUGCUUGUAAUAAUCAUCGAACAUGUUCAAUAUCGAUUAAAUGUAUCCAUAUGGAUUCUUCAACAUGUUCAUGGUUAAACAAAGAUGUUACUCAUGCUCAACAUUUAAUUGUCGAUUAUGAUUGUAUUUUAUAUGAACCUGAAGCAUCAUCAAUUGCUUUAAAUCGAAUUGAUAAUAAUAAUAAAAUUAAUAAAACUAAUGGAAAUGAUAAUAAUCAAAAUAUUGUUCUGUUUUCUGCUAAAAUUAAUAUUGAAUCACCACCAGAUAUUUUAAAUGAUUCAUCAGCAUCAUUAUAUGAUCUAACAGAUGAUGAACGUGCAUGGAAAGAAUUUAUUCUUAAACAAUAUCUUAGUGGUAAACGACCACAAUUAUCAGAUCUUGAAAAGCCAAUUAUUAUUCAACAACAACGUUCAUUAUACAGUGAUAUACUUCGGACUGUAAUGAUACUUAUAGUAUUUACUUUUAUUCUUAUUGUAUUAAUGCUUAUUGGUCUUUUUCUUUACAAACGUAUGACAUUACUAAAUAAGAGAAGAUUUUUUGAUCAUCAUCAUAAAGACCAACAACAAAAACAUGAACCAUUUCCAGGCGAUGAAGCUUAUGAUAAUUUAAAAGCAAGUGCAGCCGAUUCAAUAACAGACAGUGGUGCAGCAACUGACGUGUAA